AUGGCGGUGAAGGUGAUGGAGGUGCGGGUGGUGUUGCCGGUGGACGACGACGACGACGGCGAGGAGCGCGCCACGAUGGAGGUCAGCAGCGACGACGACGUGGCCUUGCUCCUCAGCUUCAGGUCCCUGAAGUCCCGGAUCACGUCGGGCUUGGUGAUCUCAUGCAACUCCACGUCCUCCUCGCCCUUCAACAUCCGGGUCACCGUCGACAUGUCGGGCCGCCGUUUCGUCACGUUCUUGGUGCACAGGAGGCCCACCUUCAGGAACCUGCACGCCUCAUCCACGUCCAGGUCGUCGCCCAAGGAGCUGUCGAUGAUCUCGUCCAGCUGCCCCUGGUCGUAG